CUUUACCUACCUGCCCACUUAUCAUGUUGUACACAAGCAAGUGCGCGUUCACGUGUGCGUAUUUAAGAGAACGUAAACGCAUCCGUACAGUGUAGCUCCGCCCACUAGCGAAGCCGUGACGUCACCAGGCAGCGAUGGGAACUCGAGCGAGCGCUGAGAAAAUGAGUACCAUUCCCCUGUCACGCUCAGAGGUGUUCGGGGAACUGAGAAAGGAGCUGCAUGAUGAUCAAGAGUUCCGACACUCCGACGCUCAUAUAUUUAUCAUCAUGGGGGCUUCGGGAGAUCUGGCCAAGAAGAAAAUCUACCCAACUCUGUGGUGGCUGUUUAGAGACGGCCUCCUCCCAGAGAAGACCUUUUUUAUUGGCUUUGCUCGCUCUGACCUGACUGUUGAUGCUAUUCGAACUUCCUGCAUGCCAUAUCUCAAGGUGGCAGACAAUGAAGCAGAUCGGUUGUCAGUCUUCUUCAGCAGGAACUCGUACAUAAGUGGAAAAUAUGCAGAUGAAGACUCCUUCUCCAACCUCAAUAAACACAUUCUGACUCUGCCUGGAGGAUCUGAGGCAAAUCGUCUCUUCUACCUGGCCCUGCCACCCACGGUCUACCACAGUGUUACCAAGAACAUAAAGCACCGGUGCAUGAGUGAAAAAGGCUGGACCAGAGUGAUUGUAGAGAAGCCAUUUGGGCGAGACCUUCAGAGCUCUGAGGAGCUGUCUGCUCACCUCUCUUCCCUCUUCACUGAAGACCAGAUCUAUCGUAUUGAUCACUACCUUGGCAAAGAAAUGGUGCAGAACCUUAUGGUGCUCAGGUUUGGAAACCGCAUCUUUGGACCAAUCUGGAACAGGGACAGUGUGGCGUGUGUGGUCCUCACAUUUAAAGAACCAUUUGGCACUCAGGGAAGAGGAGGAUACUUUGAUGACUUCGGAAUCAUCCGAGAUGUCAUGCAGAACCACCUGCUCCAGUUGCUGUGUCUGGUUGCCAUGGAGAAACCAGCCUCCACCAGCUCUGAUGAUGUCAGGGACGAAAAGGUCAAAGUGUUGAAAUGCAUCAAUCCAGUGUUAAUGUCAGAUGUGGUGCUGGGUCAGUAUGUGGGAGACCCAGAGGGCGAAGGCGAUGCCAAAUUGGGUUAUCUUGAUGACGCUACGGUUCCUAAAGGAUCCACUCAGUCUACAUUUGCUACAGCUGUGCUCUAUGUGCACAAUGAGCGCUGGGAUGGCGUUCCUUUUGUCCUUCGCUGUGGAAAAGCUCUAAAUGAGAGGAAGGCUGAGGUGCGGCUGCAAUUCACAGAUGUCCCGGGGGACAUUUUUGGAAAUCAGUGUCACCGUAAUGAGCUGGUGGUUCGUGUACAACCCAAUGAAGCCGUCUAUGCUAAGAUGAUGAGCAAGAAACCUGGUGUGUACUUCUGCCCUGAGGAAACUGAGCUGGACCUCACCUACAAGAGCAGAUAUAAGGAUGUGAAGCUUCCAGACGCUUAUGAACGUCUCAUUUUGGAUGUUUUCUGUGGGAGUCAGAUGCACUUUGUACGCAGUGACGAACUAAAAGAGGCCUGGAGGAUCUUCACACCUCUCCUUCACCAAAUAGACAGAGAGAAGCCAAAACCUAUUCCUUACAAAUAUGGAAGUCGAGGCCCAGCAGAAGCAGAUGACCUUGUAAAGAGAGUUGGAUUCCGCUAUGAAGGCACUUACAAAUGGGUGAACCCCAACAAACUUUGAGUGGUAGUGAGCUGAGGGAGGAAUAUAGGUAGGUAGGUAGGUAGGUAGGUAGGUAGAAUGGUUUGUGGGGUGUAGCAGGGUGAGCCAUGUCCCAGCUUGAACUGUGUGGCUCCUGUGAUUUUCUCAGGUAAAGAGGUUAUUUCUGAGUUACUUUACUCGAUGUUCAAAAGACUGCUGAAUUUAACCAAGCCGACAUGAGUUGGUC